AUGGAUCAGAGCGCGCGGCGCCGGGCCGAGGGGUGCAUGCUCCAAAGCAGCCGCCCGAGAGGCGCUGGGGGCCGCGCGUCCUUCUCUUCCACGCGGGCGGCCCAGGGGCCGCAGCCUCCGCCCGGGAGGGUCCUUGAAACAGCCCCAGGAGGGGCGCGCGGCCUCCGCCGCUGCAAAUCCGGCAGCGCGGCCCGGUGGAGGCGGCCCCGACUCCGGGCCACUGCGGCCCGGGCCCCGUCCCGCGAUCUCAGGGCCCCGAGCCCGGCGCUGCGCCCCUGCCUUCUGGCUCUCGGCCCCGAGCGCUCGGGGGCUCAGAUCUUCGGACGCGCGGACAAACGGACGCACGGACAGGCGGGCGGGCACCUGGGCAGCUGGGCCCCGUGCGGGCCGCGGGAAAAGUCGGCGCGGAUCCGGAUUCGGAAGGGACUCGGCGCCCGGGAGAGGCCCGAGAAGGUCCCGCCAGCGAGUCUGGUCCUCGCGGGCGCCCUGUCCUACCCCGAGUACUCCCCAGCCCAGCGCCAGGCCCCUGGGGACAGCCACGAGCACGCGCGCCCCGUGCGCUCAAUAUAUUCCCAGCCGAUCGCCUUCCUCAUCCUGCUGUUCACUCACAUGCUCGCACACACGGCCCCCAUGGCUAGCUCAGCACUCAACCACUCCUGGCCGGCCCUCUCCAAGCGCUGGCUGAAGCGGUGGGCCUUCAAGAGAGGCUCUGAGCCCAAGCCAUAUGUCCAGCCCUUUGACUCUGGAGCUGCAGACUCAGCCACCAAGAGCAGCGGUGGACCCUGGAGGCCUGAGGACCCAGACUUCUCCGCCAUGGAGGAUGAGCAGGAGGAUGGAAUUCCAGGGCUGCUCGGCAAUGGCGAGAGCUCCGAAGACUUCAGUCUGGACUUGGGGGACCUUCAGGGCAGUGAGUAUAUCCAGGACCUGGGCCUUGAGGUCCCUUCACAAAGCCAGCCUAGGGGGGCCAGGGGCAGUGGGCCCCCUAGCGAAGAAGCCGGAGAAGACUCGCCCUUCUCCAGCCUGGCAGGGUCCCAGGCCCUGCCUCGAAGACGCAGCUGGGAGAGGUCGCGGAGCUGCUCUGAGACCUGGCAGAGGCUCAGCCUUGAAGCCUCAGCUGCAAAUGAGGGGCCCUGUCUCCCUCGGACACUGGCCAGCCUUGCUCUGAACCUGCCAGGAGAGGGCCUGCAGGCCUGGACCCAAGGGUGUCUGUCUGGGAGGGGAACCCCCCCAGAGGCACCAAACAAGGAAUGUGACAGCCCCGAAAAAAGAGUGCGGUCACGGUCGGUUCCCGUGUCCUUCGAUGAGAUCAGCUCCCUGGAAAUCUUUCCGGCUUUGGAAGUGCCCGCUCCAGCGGUUCAAGGCCUGGAUCCACCGGUGCUGGAGUGCCUGGAAAAGGACCACGUGGAGCCAGAUCAUGUGCUAAUUGUCCAGCAGGUGCUUCAAGAGCUCCGACAGUACCAUGGGGCCCGGGAGAGGGCUCGCUUGUCCGUCAGCCCCGGAGGAGCCCACUCAAACCUCACCUGGUUUGAGUUCCUGUCCGAGAGCGAGGACAGAGCGGGGAAGAUGGAGAGAAGUGACAGGAGUGCCAGGGUGAGGCGCAGACUGAGUUCCCUCCGAUGUCGUGUCACCAGGCAGAAGGAGGGGAAGAGCCCAGUGCUUCUGAAAGACAAAUGUCAGGAUGCUCGUGAGCGGAAAGAAUGUGUCAACGGGCACCAGCUGGCUCAAGGAAACUUCUCUGGCCACUCCAGCUGCCCGCUGUGUGGCAAACCUCUUCUGAGCUCUGUUCUGAAGAAGUUCGACAUCAAGGUGUCAGCAGGGCCAGGCUCCCUCUGA